GGGAAACUGUUCAAAUGCUUGGAAUGUGGGAAGAGCUUCAGACAGAGCUCCAGCCUCCUCACCCACCAGCACAUCCACUCUGGGGAACGGCCCUACACGUGUGGGGAAUGUGGGAAGAGCUUCAGUGACAGGUCCACUCUCCACACCCACCAGCGCAUCCACACUGGUGAACGGCCCUACACGUGUGGGGAUUGUGGGAAGAGCUUCGGAAACAGCUCCCACCUCCGCACUCACCAGCGCAUCCACACUGAGGAACGGCCCUACAGGUGUGGGGAAUGUGGGAAGAGUUUCAGGCACAGCUCCACCCUUCGCACCCACCAGCGGAUCCACACUGGGGAACUGCCCUACACAUGUGGGGAAUGUGGGAAGAGCUUCAACCAGAGCUCUGGCCUCCGCAAACACCAGCGCAUCCACAGUAGGGAGAGGCCCUACAAGUGUGGGGAAUGUGGGAAGAGCUUCAGCCAGAGCUCCACCCUGUACACCCACCAGCGCAUCCACAGUGGGGAACGGCCCUACAAGUGCUCAGAAUGUGGGAAGAGGUUUAAAAUCAGCUCACAUCUCCUCCUGCAUGAGCGGACACACACUGAUGAGAGGCCUUUCCGCUGCACCGACUGCGGGAAGGGCUUCAGGACGAACUCCGCUCUUGUCACCCACCGGCACAUCCACACUGGAGAACGGCCCUACAAGUGUGGGGAGUGUGGGAAGAGCUUCACCCACAGCUCCAACCUCCGCAUCCACCAGCUCAUCCACACCAAGGAACGGCCCUACAAGUGUGGGGAGUGUGGGAAGAGGUUUCAGACCAGCUCAGAUCUCCUCGUGCAUGAACGGACGCACACGGAUGAGAGGCCCUUCCGCUGCACCGACUGCGGGAAGG